CAACGGAGACAGAUUUAUCUAUUAAUAACUGAAGUCUCAAUCUCAACUCUCCUCUCUCUGUCUUUCUCUCUACCCACCCGCUACCAAUCCCCUUCGCUCCGCUCCACUCCUCCGGAUCUCCGCCCCGCCCCUUCCAUCUCCGGCGCCGGCGAGAAUGGAGCUGCUCUGCAUCGGGACGGCGGACACCAAGCUGGACGAGCUGCUCUUCCUCGCCGCCCGCCUCCGCUCCACCCUCGCCGCCACCUCCUCCGCGCAGGUUCAAGUAAGCCUUGUGGAUGUCUCCACAACUAAGAAGGUGACAUCACAAGAUUUUAAGGGCACCACAUUUAUCUCAAGAGAUGCAGUUCUUUCGUGUCAUUUAGGUGUCGAUCAACAUGAACUUCCUAGUGACAGAGGUGAAGCAAUCACACUCAUGUCAGAGGCUCUCCAGAGCUUUCUAAAAAGAAGAUAUGAAAGUGGUACUCUGCUAGGUGCUGUUGGAUUAGGAGGCAGUGGAGGAACUGCCCUAAUUGCUCCUGCUCUAAGAUCCCUGCCACUCGGAGUGCCUAAGCUUAUUGUAUCUACUGUUGCUAGUGGCCAAACGGCACCAUAUGUUGGAACAUCGGACUUGGUGUUGUUUCCUUCAGUUGUUGACAUAUGUGGCAUAAACAGUGUCAGCCGUGUUAUAUUAUCUAAUGCUGCUGCAGCUGUUGCUGGAAUGGUGCACGGAAUAUUAAUGGAAUCCAAUGAAUCUGAUGAAACUGCCACAAAACCAACUAUUGGUAUUACAAUGUUUGGUGUGACAACAACAUGUGUAAAUAUGGUCAAAGAAAGACUGAGCAAAGAAGGUUAUGAGACACUUGUAUUCCAUGCCACAGGUGUAGGAGGAAAAGCGAUGGAAGAACUAGUUAAGGGAGGUUUCAUACAGGGUGUAUUAGAUAUAACGACAACAGAAGUUGCAGACCACAUUGUUGGCGGUGUUAUGGCAUGUGAUGAUACAAGGUUUGAUGCAAUUAUCGACAACAAAAUCCCUCUUGUUCUCAGUGUUGGAGCCUUGGAUAUGGUCAACUUUGGAGCUCGAGAUACGAUACCUCCUGAUUUCACAGGAAGAAAGAUACAUGUGCAUAAUGAGCAGGUUUCACUGAUGCGAACUACAGUAGAAGAGAACAAAAAAAUUGCUGAGUUUAUAGCUGAUAAAAUAAACAAAUCUUCAUCGAAGGUUAUUGUUUGCCUGCCACAAAAGGGCAUCUCUGCAAUAGAUGCACCUAAAAUGCCAUUUUACGAUCUGGAGGCUACAUCUACGCUGCUGGAUGAAUUAUGUAGCCGUAUAGAGAAAACUGACAACAGAGAGGUCAAGAUGCUUCCAUAUCAUAUAAAUGAUCCGGAAUUUGCUAAUGUUUUGGUGGACGCAUUCUUGAGUAUGGAUGUAAAGGCAUCUAAUACAAUAAGUCCAGAAAACAGCAUGGUCCAAACUAAUCAAGAUGUAAAUACAAAAGAAUAUUGUUCAACACAGAGAACUUCAGAUAGUUCUAUCAUAUGGAGAUCUCCAGUAGAUUUUCCUGAUGCAAGACCAGAAACUUUGCAAAAGACAAAGUCAGUAUUACAUAAACUAAAGCAACAAAUUGUUGAGGGUACUCCUGUCAUUGGAGCUGGUGCUGGCACUGGCAUAUCAGCCAAGUUUGAAGAAGCUGGUGGAGUUGAUCUUAUAGUUCUGUACAACUCCGGGCGGUUUCGCAUGGCUGGGAGGGGUUCAUUGGCAGGACUAUUGCCAUUUGCAGAUGCAAACGCUAUUGUACUUGAGAUGGCCAAUGAAGUGUUGCCUGUGGUUAAAGGAGUUCCGGUUCUUGCUGGGGUUUGCGCUACUGAUCCAUUCCGUAGAAUGGAGUACUUCCUUAAACAACUAGAAGCUAUUGGAUUUUGUGGUGUCCAAAAUUUCCCCACUGUUGGUCUUUUUGAUGGCAAUUUUCGACAGAACUUGGAAGAAACUGGAAUGGGCUACAGCUUGGAAGUGGAGAUGAUCUCAAGAGCUCACAGCAUGGGUUUUUUGACGACUCCAUAUGCUUUCAAUCCUGAAGAAGCUGCUGCCAUGGCCAAGGCUGGAGCUCAUAUAAUAGUGGCACAUAUGGGUCUAACAACAGCUGGGUCUAUUGGGGCAAAGACUGCUGUCACUUUAGAUGACAGUGUCAAACGUGUUCAAGCCAUUGCUGAUGCAGCACUUGGGAUUAAUCCUGACAUUAUUGUUCUGUGUCAUGGAGGUCCCAUAUCAGGGCCGCAGGAGGCAGAGUUUAUCCUAAAGCGCACUAACAGGGUCCAUGGAUUCUAUGGUGCAUCAAGCAUGGAGCGGCUACCAGUUGAGCAAGCUAUCACAAACACCAUGAGGGAGUAUAAACGGAUUUCCAUAAAAUAAGAAUGAUAGUUCAGACUUCAAAUAUGUCCUUUGCUCUACAUGGUACUGAUCUUCAUACUGAUUCAAAGAACAAUAAUGGAAGAGGAAGCCAGGUGUUUGUGCAUUGUUGUACCAUAUGCGGCACAUGUACUCGUGUAUUUCAGUCGGAAUAAAGAAUGAUAAGCGAAUGAUUUCGUGCUUACUUAAUAACUAUCCAUACUAAGACGAUAAGUUACUGUAACCAUGACAAAAUCUGUGAUAAAGACCGAAAUUUUACGGACCAAAUGGAAGUUCGGACUUA